UUUUUUUUUUUUUUUAAAACCUUGUGUUGCCACAGUUAAAUGCAAAAUUACGGAGUAUCAGACGAAACGAAUAAGUUCUACCAGUUCGUAAAUCGAAGUGAAGAACUGAAAGCCUUCCGUAAUAUUACAGGUUUUAUGGGUCUCCAAUUCUCCAUUGUUCGAAGUUCAACAAUGGCGGGUGACCGCCAUUUUCCUGAAGAAAUCCUGAUCGAGAUCCUCACGAGGCUCCCGGUUAAAUCCGUAGUACGCUUCACUGCAGUUUCCAAGUCUUGGUUCUUCUUCAUCACGAGAUUCUCCUUCGCUUCCGCGCACCUCCGCCAUUCUCGGGAAGGUAAUUCUGCAAACAGCCUCCUCCUGCUCAGGCGUUUUGAAACUGAAUCGAAAAAGGAAAAAUACGAAAUCCUCAAUAGCCAUUCACUUUCCCUGACCUGUUCUGCCGAACUCAGCCCCCAGGUCGCAUGUCGGGUCGGGUACUCUCGUGUAGUUGGCUGUUACAACGGCGUCGUUUGCUUAUAUGAUGAUUUGUAUAGCGAUUCACACUCUGUGACGCUGUGGAACCCUAGUAUUCGGAAGCAUUUAAUCUUGCCACCUCCUACCAUCAAACUAGGGCGCCCGUUUAAGACUGUAUUGGGAUUUGGUGUGAACCCAAAGUGUGUUGAUGAUCUAAAAGUCCUGAGAAUUGCGUAUGAAAGGAAUGGUGAGUAUAUGGAUCUGUGUGCCCUCCCGCCGGAGGCUGAGAUUUAUUCUCUAAGGACAGGGGAGUGGAGGAGGAUAUCAGCAGUAGGCGUGAACUUUUAUAUGACCGAUUUCAUUUGGUCUCAAACGUUCGUCUGCGGGGCCAUUCAUUGGAUUGGGUGCAAAUCACUGGAGAAUGAGAGGUUUCCGUGCUCUGUUGCAGUUUUCUCAAUGGCUGAUGAGUUGUUUGGUGAGAUUAUGCUCCCAGAUGAAUUGUCUCAGGAACCUGCAGCAAAUUUAUAUAUUUUGGCAUUGGAUGAGUCUAUCUCUGUUGUUAAGUAUAAAAGAGAGGUCCACCGAAGUUCUUGUGAACUGUGGGUAAUGAAAGAGUAUGGGGUUGUGGAAUCUUGGAUUAGGCUACACUAUAUUGAAUUGGUCGAAGGGAUGGAAAGAAUGGUUGGCUUUAGGAAAAAUGGUGACAUUUUUUUCUCGACUAACAAAAGUGAGCUCGUUUCAUACUGCCCAAACACCCGAGUAGUUAAUAAGCUUGGAUUUUUUGGGACUUGCCGCUCACUUUAUGUUGCGAAUUACGUAGAAUCUCUUCUACUGCUUCAAGAUCAUAGCUGCGUCACGGAGGACCUAGCUAAACAAAUAAAAAGUAUGUAGUAUGUCAAUUUUAAGAGAAGAUAGUGUGCUGGUUCCUUGUAAGGGUAAUUAAGCUCUUAAGUUACAAUAUAUUAUCUAAUUUACUGAACUUUCAAUGCCUCUUAAUGGUGAUAUUUGUGGAUAUUUAGUGCCCAUUUUGAAUCCUUGUUCUUUGGCUUAGCCUUAUAUGUCAGAUUAUUUUCGAAUCACUAAUAUUUGGAUUUCCCCCCUAAAGUGAUUAAUGAUAGAAAGAUGUAAGGUUGGUGGUACUCUUUAGACAGAUCCUAUUAUAUCCCCCUCUAUUAGAUCCAACGCUUUGGGGAAGAGGAUCAUUUUAGCUUUUAUCAGUUACAUUGAAUUGCUUAAUUAAUAAAGUAUAUAUUUUA